GCAUAAAUUGAUCGGAGGUUGGCUUAGAAAAAGAAAGCGAAGGAGGAGAAAAAAAAGAUGGAGAAGGAAAUGAAGAAGAAAGAAGAAGUGUAGGAGUUAGAAGUUGAAGAAGAAGAAGACUAAGCAUAAGUAUUAGGGCAGAACACAAGAACAGGUAAAAACUACCAAUUCAAUGGAGGGCAAACAAUCAUUACAAGGAGGAGGACUGGAGAAAAGAAGACAACCAGCAGGGGAGGAGGUGGAAGACAGCUGCCAUGCUGGAGAACUGAGACUCCAACGAAUUGGAGACUUGGAUUGGGUGGAAAAUUUUGGGUACCGGACGGAGCUUCCGGAAGAACCUGAUGAAGAGAGGGAUCAAUUUGUGGCAAAGUUGGCAGCACCAAAGGAUCGGGAGAAGGAGAACUUGCUGAUAGAAGAAAAUAAAAGUGGGUUCAAUCAAAAGUUGUUGACCGCGAGAAGGAAAAAAUUUGAUGAAAAGAAAGGGUUGAAAGAAGAGGAGGAAAGACUUCAGGUGUUGUUGAAGGAGCAAGAAGGAAAACAGGUGGAGACUGAAGAACGCUGGAACCUCCUCACUGACACUUUGUUGCACACCACCCAGGAACUCUAUGCACUUCAACGAGCCAUUCGAAAGGUAGAGCGACAUCAGGAGGAAUUUGGGAGUACCGAGACUGCAUCGUCCCAGCAAAUUGAUCAUAGGAUCAUGUUGUAUACACGCCAAUUAGAUUUCCUCUUUACUCAAAAGUUGGCUAAUACCAUCUCAGCAAAGUUGAGUCCCGAUGGUGGAGAUGGAGAUGGUGGCGACGAUGGGGAUGGUGACAAGAAGGGUAAAGGUCCCAUGAAGGAUGGAGGAAAGAAAGGCGGAGAAGAUACGUUUGAGGGAGGAGAACGAAUGGAGAAGAUGAAGGUUAAGCCACACUGCACAUAUACUCAGAAGAGGGAGGAGAACAUAUUUCAUUGGGAUGCGGCGAUAGACACGUAACUGUAUGCGUAGUUGACUCAGUAUUGGGACCGCAUACUAAUGGCAAAUUUGUGCCUAGGGGGAGACGCAACAAGCUUCGUUACUUCGCUAAUAAAGGAAGUCAGAUUCA